UGGAGGGCUGGAGAGAUGGCUCCGCGGUCAGUGCGCUUGCCUGCAAAGUCAGAGGACCCAGUUCUACAAAGGACAUUUUCUCUAUAUGAAACGCAUUCUCUAAAGGACAUGGAGCAUUACGUUAAUCUGGUGAGAAAUAUUGUACCUGCUCCUUCUGCAAAGAAGCACAAAGGACAAGAUGGGAGAAUAGGCAUCGUCGGGGGCUGUCAAGAGUACACGGGAGCCCCAUACUUUGCAGCUAUCUCAGCUCUCAAAGUGGGUGCAGAUUUGGUCCACGUAUUCUGUGCCAGGGAGGCCGCUCCUGUGAUCAAGUCCUACAGCCCGGAGCUGAUCGUCCACCCGAUCCUUGAUAGCCGUGAUGCUGCUCAGGAGGUGGAGAAGUGGCUCCCUAGACUGCACUCCCUUGUCGUGGGACCCGGCCUAGGUAGAGACGACCUCCUUCUCAACAGUGUCGGGGGUAUUCUGGAAGUGUCCAAGGCCAGGGGUCUCCCUGUCGUCAUUGACGCGGUGCGUCCUUGUUCUGCGCAGGACGGCCUGUGGCUGGUGGCUCAGCAGCCAACCCUCAUCCAAGGGUACCAGAAGGCUGUUCUCACCCCCAACCACAUUGAGUUCAGCAGGCUCUGGGAAGCUGUGAUCAAGGGUCCUAUGGAUACCAAAGAUGACAGCGGAUGUGUACUGAGACUCAGCCAGGCCCUGGGGAAUGUGACCGUGGUCCGGAAAGGAGAGCAGGACCUGAUGUCUGACGGCCAGCAGGUUCUCGUGUGCAACCAGAAAGGCAGUAGCCGCAGGUGCGGCGGGCAAGGAGACCUCUUGUCAGGCUCCCUUGGUGUCAUGGCACACUGGGCGCUCCUUGCUGGACCUGAGAGAACAGACAGCAUCAGCCCACUCCUGGUAGCUGCCUGGGGCGCUUGCACGCUUACCAGGGAGUGCAACCAGCAAGCCUUCCAGAAGCACGGCCGCUCCACCACCACCAGCGACAUGAUCACUGAGGUGGGCGCUGCCUUCAGCAAGCUCUUCGAGACCUGAGCCCGCGGUGAACAGCGAGCACCGCCCACAGGAACCCGCACCCUCCACAGCACGGGCUGCUGCCAGGCUUAGCUUUAGCCUAAACUGGCUGAUGUAAAGCAAGUCUUGUCUUGACUAAAAUACAUUUGAGCUGUACUGAC